AUGCCCCAUAUCGAGGGAAAUAUGAAGAAAGGAAAAUUUGAUUAUCGAUGUACAGAUAAUUUAUUGGCAUUGAGAUGGCGAGAUAAAAAAGAUUUGUGGAUGUUAACGAGUGCUCACGAACCUAAAAUGACAGAAGCUGGUCGCAUAAAUCAUAUUACAGGAUCGCAGAAGUUAAAACCAGAAUGUGUUGCAGAUUACAACAUCAAGAUGUGUACUUCUGUGGACCGUGUUGAUAUGGUUUUAAGCACGAUUAAUUCAUCUAGAAAAUGUCUAAAAUGGUAUAAGAAGUUUUUUUCCAUUUAUUAGACAUCGCACUAUAUAA